UUAGAAAACUUUAUUUGUUUUGUACAAAAUACGCAACAUUAUGAAAAUUUAGGAAUUACGCGUAAUAGUGAUUGAUAUUUUUAUGUUCGAUUGUUUUGAAUUAUUCUAUUUUGAAUUAUUUUCAUGCUAAAUAAGUAUUUUUGUUUUUAAAAUAAUUAACCAUUUUAGUGAUACUCGUACUUUGAGUUAUAGGUACUUGAAAGUGAUAAUUAAAAGAAUGGGGAAUACAAGUAAGAAAUUAGCAGCAAAGUGUACUUUAUUAACAAGAGAUGAACAAAAGUAUGUGGCCGCAACAUUCCGGGCAGCAAGCAAGAACUCUGAAAAGAUCCGCGAGGAGGAACUCAUCGUGAGUGGAAAAGUAGAUCCAGUGUCAUUAGAAAAAUUCUGGAGCCCACAAAUAGAUCCGAGGCUGGCCCAGUACCUGUCAAAUUACCUGUUCGGCUCUGGAGCGGAUAAGUUGACUACAGUUGACUUCAACCGGUUCGCGGAACUUUACGUGUAUAAUGUGCGAGGCACAAUAGAAGAAAGAUUGACGGUGACAUACAAUUGUCUGGGAAUGGAUUUCAAUGAAGAUGUCGAGCUACCGUUUCAGCUGCUGAAAGAGUACUGCGAAAGCAUAGCAGCCACUUACAUGAAAAUAGUUAAGUCGUCGACGUCCAAACGCGUCAAGACAUGGCUGGACAAGGGGUUCCGAGUGGACGCGGGUCAUGUGCAGGCGCUGGGUGAAGCAAUCGCAGCCACGGCGGGGGGAGACCCGGACUCGCCCCCCCAUCAUUGUACCUCAUCGCAGCUUUCCAAAUGGCUACAAACAAAUAUACUGUUUAAGCAGCUGGAGGAGCUGGUCUUCGUGAAUCUGUACGGCAUCAACAAGCGAGGCGGUGACGAGAGCCCCUCGCCUCUACCGCCUGCGCCCGUCACCCUCCUGCCCGCGCCUGACGGUCUGGACGCGAUGCCUGACUACCCGGCGUUCAUAGACCUCUCCCACAUCGCGUGGAUCAACAGUCAGCUGCCGCAGAAGUAUCAGCACAAGUGGAGGUUCCUGUUCUCCUCGCAUAUACACGGAGAAUCCUGGUCCACUAUGGCAGGUCGCAUCCAAGAGCAAGGUCCAUCAGUCCUCAUCAUAGAAGACAACAACGGAUACAUAUUCGGGGGCUUCGCCACCGCGUCCUGGAGCUUCAGCCCCAACUGGACCGGAGUCGAUGACAGCUUCCUCUUCACCUGCGCGCCCAAGAUGAGGAUGUACCCUGCAACGAACUAUAACGACCAUUACCAGUACAUGAAUCAUCAUACGAAGACGCUGCCCAAUGGUAUGAUAAUGGGUGGUCAGUUAGAGUUUGGUGGUAUCUGGGUGCCCGCGGAGCCCUUCGGCGAGGGUUCCUCUGCGGAAUCUUGUUCCACAUACAAGGGCUACAAGAGGCUGAGCAAGGAACCACACUUUCACAUACGAUCCAUUGAAGUCUGGGGUGUCGGAGACAAACCGAGUGUGGACAAGGAUAUGGACGAGCGUGACGUCAGCAUCCUGGAUGCGAACCCCGAUGCUAAGGCGAUACUGGACAUGGCAGGUCGCACGCGGCACAGCGAGGGACUGCGUGAGGAGCCGCCCUUAUAAUAUACGACGCUAAUGAAUCAAGAAGUAAUCUACAAGUGACAACAUGUUCUGCGAUCUCAAUAAUGGUGCAAUUGAUGGUGAUUUUUAUUGUGUUGAACAAAUGAUGAAAGGAUUACGAGGAGUUUCAAGUAUAAUCCGCAAAAAGCAACAAAAUAUUACGGUGUGUUUUAUUACUCUAUGUAAGCGAAACAAUUGGAACUCGUUACCGAAAAAAAAUUCCAUAAUAGUACAAUUAAAUUGAUUGAAACAAAAGUAAUUAUGAUUUGUACUAUUGACAAAAUUGAUUCAUGACCCACGUUUGCUAAUAAUUCUUUGAAAAUUAUAGAAAAAGUUAGGUUUAUAUUUGAAUGAAAAAAAUUGUAUGACAUUUUAUGAACUAUUAUCAAGCGAAUUUCGACCUACUUAUUUAUUAUGACUGUAGGGUAAUGGCAUGAAAGUGGGUUACGACUAAAUUUUGUCGAUAGUACAUCUGUUUAUGUGACAUACAGACGUUAAUACUAUAGAUGUAUAGAACAAAAUGGCGUCGAGUGUUUUCGUUGAAAUACGCGCGAAAAUUUAAAAUACACUUAUCGAUUGAUUAAAAAUUAACGAUUUUGUAUGGUCUGUUAUCACCCUGGGAUCUUAAUUUUUUAUGAGAAAAACGAGACGAACAACACGUUCACUCGAUAGUAAAUGAUACGCAGUGAACGGACUACAAAUUAGGCGCGUCGCAUUCAGAAGCAAGAUGUUAAGUUUCAUCAUAUCACUAAUUUCACUAAGUACUGAGCUCAUUCAAUCGAAACCCAAUAAGGGUAAGCGUAUACUGAGACUCAGACGACUCAGGUCCACGCAUCACAGGGCAGAGCAGAUUUUGUAAUACAGUGAAACCUGGUUAAGUGAGACAUCAAGGGACCUGCAAUGUCGUUUCACUUAUAGAGGUAUUCCACUUACCCAGUGUCUCAGAUAUACAGGUAUAAAUAAAUAUCUGUCUCAUUUACAGAGGGUUCCAUUAAUAGAGGUGAGAAUACAGGUUAUUUCAGUUAUACAGGUGCGAUCAUUAAAUAAAAUAACGUGUUAUGCAUGUAAAUGAGUUCUAAUAAAAAAAAUAUUAUGUAC